AUGAAGAGUGUUGUAUUUCUGUCCUUCUUGGCCUUCUCCAUGGCCCAAGACUUCCCACCACUUCCCCACUUUCCACCUGUAACUCUACCGGAGCCACAAGAGCCAUCUUUGGAGGCUUUGGUUCAAAUCCUCAACCAAAUCCUGGAGGUUCUCCACCUUCCAACCGUCAACCCCGAGGCCGUCACCUUCCCCGACUUUGGAAUUGAAGGAGAGCGAGUGAAGAGAGAUCUGUUUUCUGGAGUCACUGGCCUUCCCCCCUCUCCAUUGGUUGUAAUCAUCGACCUCUUGAACAAGAUCCUCGAAUCUCUGAAUCUCCCCACCAUCAACCCUGAAGCCGUCACCAUCCCUUCCGAUGCCGGCCGUGUCAAGAGAGAUGUCAUCGAGCCAGUCACCGAAGAGCCAAUCUUCACCCUGCUGAUCGAUGUCCUGAACCAGAUCUUGGAAGCUCUGCACCUGCCCACCAUCAACCCUGAGGAAGUGACCGUCCCUUCAGAAGAGAGCGGCCGUGCCAAGAGGGAUGUAGCCAGUGGAAUCACCCUCCCUUAUGAAAACCCUCUCGCUGAAUUGAUUGCCAAACUUCUGGAGAUCAUUGCCAAAUUGGAGAGCCUCGGAUCCGGCUCUGGAGUCCCCGUCAGCCGGGCUACUCGUCUCCCAUUCCCCCUCCCAUUGUAA